AUGACGACAAUUCUGGAAGGCAAGAACAACAAGGACGAGCAUGCUCACAAUCACAAGCAGAACGUCAACAACGAGCCCUACUACCACCAAUCCAAGAAUCAGAAACAUCAAAAUAAUCAUCAGCAACAACAAGCCUUCAUCAGCACCUCCCCCGCCUCAUCCUCAUCCUCUUCUUCAAACCAUCAACUCACCAAGAAAUUCAAAUCAGAAUGCUCAGCUCAAAGGCACAUCCAAUUCGACCAAGAGACCCUCAAUCAGAUCGAUCGAGUCGAACUGCAGAGACUUUGGGGCCCCCAUCUCGUCCCACUUCAAUUCGUCAUCCAACGGACAAUCGCUCAAGUUUUCAACGAACUACAGAUAUUAUCUCAGAUUUCACCAAAUCUAGAGGAUUACGAUCGCAAAAAACGCGUCAUUGACUUCGUCGUUCACAGUCGUCGUCAGCUCAUCAAGCUACUCGUUCUCGUCAAAUGGUCAUCUAACUCAGUUCCAGUCCAUAAAAUAAUGAGUAUCGUCGCAUUCCUGCAGCGUCAAAAUAGCCAAUUCGAGCGCAAUGUGAAUAUCCUCAAAGCUUCUAAAGAAAGUUUUCAUUCUGCCAGAAUGCGAAAUUAUGAUCUUGCAACUGCUCUGCAAGUAUUGACUAAUGGGUACCCGACACUCCCCGGACGACUGAUCGAUCAAUUUGACUCCAAACCUAAAUUGUCCGAUUCUGAAGUAAUCAAAAUCAUGCAUGAUUUGAACGAGUUGAUCAGAUAUCGGUUAGCUUCAUGCGAGGUUAUACCGAAAGAGUUUCGGUCUUAUCGAAUUUAUGAUGGAAGAGUCGUAUUCAAAAUCAGUAGAAUGUUUGAAUGCAGCCUCACCUUAGGUGGCGGUGAAUUGGACUCUCAAUGGUAUCUGUUACACGUCGAGUUCUUAUUCCGAGUCACAGGUCCCCGAGGAAAAGACUUCAUGAGUAUCCCUCAAGGUCCCGUCAAAAGCCAAAUAAUUGAAUGUGGAAAUAGGACGAUGGCCCCCAACACUCUGCCUACAGAGGCUGAUCCGGAUCCUAAACCCCCUGAACGGCCUAUAAUGAAAUUGUUUGCUUAUCUUCGUGAUCUUUGCCUGAAUUAUCAACUGGAGGCAUUACAUUACCAAGCAAGUCAGCUCGGAAGAUCUGCUUGGGCUACGCACACCAGACUAUUGAUCUCACCUGAUAGGAGUAAUCUGACCAUAGUCUAUUGGUUACAUGCUCGGCCUGUAUCCAUUCCAGUGACACGGCCUGGACAACAGCCUCCCAGGAAUCCUCCCCAACCGACACCACAAGGGACUCUAACUGUCAGGCGGCAUAUUGAGCGACAUAGCCCCAGCCGAACGCGUGUACUAGAUUUCUUGAACGGAUACCCAUUGAAAGACAAGCUACCAUCAGACGGGCAAGAUGGUGAUUUUGGAGCCAGUCACACCGAGCGAUUACAAGUAGUUUGGAGACCGAGUGAGGUUACGAGUCGAGGAGGUCCAGUAACGAGAGAGGUCUUGGGUGGUUUGAAGAUUCGCGAAGGAGAUGAGGUGGACUUUUUGAAAACCGAUUCCGGACAGCUCGAGCUUGAAUUGAAGAUAUUGUACUUUGAGACGGGCCUUUUCAGACUUGACACGACUAGACCGACCAGCGGGCGGUUCUUCAACACGCGUCGUACCGUACUUUGCCUCAGUACGGCUGAUACCAUGGAGGAUACUAGCAGUUCAGAACGUUUUGCAAAGUCGAUCGAGGUCGUUCUACAUGCCCGACAUGCCAUUGAAGUCUUAAUCGAUCAAUUUUCAGGUCGGUUCAGAUUGCAAUCGAUCACUAAUCCUAUUCGGCUUGAUGAGGGUGAUAACGACUCGCACAUAGCUGGAAGUUGGCUUGUUUUAGUGGUUAUAAUCCGUCAAGCUAAGCAAUCUGCAAUAAAUCAUGCAAACCCAAGUGGACUGAGGGAUGUUCUUGUCAGAUUGAAUUCAGAUAUCUUACUCGAUCAGAUUGAGUUCAAAGCCCGCUUGUUAGGAAUUCAAACAACUCGAAACUUGCCGAUCCAACUACAGCUUCUCUCGAUGCCAUCAUACUUAUCUUCUCCUUCAACGAUCCCACAGCAUAUUUUCCAAUUGACACUGUAUUGUAGAUUAUCCAAUUUCCCCCACCAUUAUUUGUUGAUCAUGGUUACCGAGAAUGGAAUCAGAUGUGCUCUAAUCAUUGUCAAUCAGAAACGCGACGACCAACCAAGCAAUCAUGGCGGCAGUAGUAUGUCCUGGAAUGUUAAUUCCGUUUCGGCGGUUGAAGUUCCUACUUUUUCGGACGAUCUGGAUGAAGAUGGCGGGGUGUUGGAUCAGUUUACCCUAAGCCGGACACAAUUACAAUACGUUUAUCACUAUUGCUUAGUUCAAGUCACACUAAGUCAACUCAAAGCUCCUUUGAGGCAGAAUCAGAUCAGCUAUGAACAACAGUUACCAGUAACCACAGAGAUAAUCAAGAAAACAUAUCAGGAACAUCGAAAUCAAAGACCCAAACUGACUGGAAAACCGCCCCCAUCAUCAAUCAAAUUGCCCGAAUUCCACCAGGCACACGAAGUCACCGGUUUAUUGUUAAUUCCUCUUCAAGGAUUCCUUAAACCUUCUUUUUUUCAUAGUCAUCAUCUACUCACCCAAAAAGAUAUCUUCGAUGGUCAGAAGUUGGCCCUUAAAGUCUUGCUUCAACCUGAGUCUCAUUUUGGUGUUCAACUUGAACUACGAUUCAAAUUCAAUCCCGACAAACUGAAGGCUGAAGAGCUAGAGAAGAUCAUCAAGUCCAAAGAGACCAACCUCAACUCAAAAAUCGUAUCGAAUUAUUUGAUGAGACAAGCCAAAUCUCAAUCACCAGUCACUCCCAACCCAAGGAAUUUCGGGCAGCCACCAAAAGAUGAUGACGAUGAUGACGAUGACGAAGAUGAGGAGCCGCUAUCGAGAAGGAUCCAACCAACACGUCCCAAACCCGCUUCCCCAGCUGUGACAAAUACAGCUGAGGAACCAAGAAAAGAAUGCCCCAAUUUAGAAGAAGAUCCCGAUGCAGAAUUUGUAGAUUCUGAUUCUUGGUCGAUCGACGCUCAGUCUAACCAAUUCAUCAUGCGCUUUCAAAACUUUAAUCAACAGAUCGAUCAGAUCUAUCCGCUUUCGAUUCAGAAAUUCAUUAAUUUAAUUCAUUCCGAUGCUGAUCCUCUUCCUUGA